AUGGUCAACGCUUUGUGGGCCACGUUAAUAUCGCUCACUUUAAUCGGCCGUGUUUUAGCCAACGAUCUAUUUUCCCUGCCACCCGCCACGAAUCACAGAGAGGAAUUGCUCGAGGAUUAUGGUCGUUUCCUGCUGUCCACCAUGAACAGGACCAUCGAUCCCUGCGAGAACUUUUACGAAUUUAGCUGUGGCGGUUGGAAGAAGGCGGAUUUGGUACCGGAACAGGCCAGGAACACCAGUUUUCUGCACGCCAUCCAGCACAAGAUCGACGAGCAGAUCCAGGGAUUCCUGCAGAAUGCCACCAAAAGAGAGCUGGAGGAUCUGGGAGUUAAUGGCACCAAGUCGGCGGAGAUUAAAGCCAAGCAAUUCUAUGCUAGCUGUGUGGAAGUGAAGGCCAACUUGUCGUUGGGCUAUCAGUAUUUUAUGGAACUCGAUGGGGAUCGUUUAAGGGAGCGCAAUGCGUCCUACGAUUGGAUGUACAUCAACUUUAUGUCCAAAUACGACAUAUAUCCUUUGCUAACGCUCAAAGUGCACUAUAGCACUUCGUCCAGGAAGUUCGAUAUACUUUUAACGCUUCCCAGUAAAGUUUUAGCUGGUUACAGCGAAGAGCAGUUGAAAAAUAUGACCAGAGAGUUUGGUUUGGAUUCGAGUGCAGAGAAAGCCAAGCAAUUUGUGGAGAACUUUAGCAACCUAACGCAAUUUGAAAGAAAUUUAGUUUCCUUAGCCAAAAGUCGCAAUGAAACAGAGCAGUUGAAUUUCAAGGAAUUCCUGGCGAAGCAUAAACACGAUCGUUUGAAUUGGACGCGAUUUUUUGACCUGGCCUUCAAUGGCAGUCAGGAGUCCCACUGGCCAGUGCUCAAUCAAUUGGAUAAUAUCAACGAUUUGGUUUUCUUUCUGGAACAAACCAAUUUGGAAACGUUAAGAGGUUAUAUAAAAAUGCGAGAACUGCUCAAGUUUUAUGGCUUGUGGAAAACUCAAACUAAAACAGGAGGAGUUCAAAGUGAAUGUCGCUCCUUGUCGGAGACGUAUUUUAAUUACGCUUUGUUGCCCUGGUUUAUUGGAAAGGUUUUCGAUAAGGAGAGACGCGCAGAUAUCCUGAGUGUUGCCAAGGACAUCAAGGACACGUUCUAUGAUCUCCUGGACCAUCACACGUGGUUGGACGAAGAUACUCGCUCGCAGGCUAAGACCAAACUGGCUUCCAUGGAUAUUUUAGUGGGCUAUACGGAUGAUCUGCAGCACCGCGAAGUGAUUGAUGGUGUUUACACCGAUAUCAAUAUGACAGGCAAUUGGUUCGAGAACCUGUGUAUCCUGGAGGGCAGUAGAGCUAGGAUACGUCUGCGAUCGGUGGACAAGGCACUGAUUCCUCUUCUUAUGCCCACGAGAACAGUGAAUGCGUACUAUGCUGAUUUUCUUAACUUGGCCUUUAUUACCAUUGGAAUGGCCCAGUGGCCCUUCUAUCACAUAGACUUUCCCGAUGUCCUUAAAUACGCUGGAGUUGGGAAUAUUAUAGGCCAUGAAAUGGCCCAUGGAUUCGAUAGCUAUUGUUAUCAAUACAAUUAUGAUGGCAAGAAGACCAACUGGUGGUCCUCAGGUUCACUGAGAAACUUUAAGGAACGAUAUCGCUGCCUCGAAUCGCAGUAUAACAAAUUUAUUUUGAUGGGCGUCCAAACUAAUGGAACUCUCACCUCUGGCGAUAAUAUCGCCGAUAAUGUCGGCACUCGAAUGGCAUAUUACGCAUUCAAGACGAAAACUGGAGACAAGGCUUGGUUGGAAAAACCCCUGAGGGGUGUCAAUUUCAACAACAAACAGCUGUUCUUCGUUAAGUUUGCGCAAACCUGGUGCAAUGGCAAGGAUAAUGGCGAUAAGCUCCGGAGACUGAAGACUGAUGUCCACGCCUAUGAUGAGUUCCGGGUUCAGGGCACCCUGAGUAAUAUGCCCGAGUUCAGCGAGGCUUUCAAUUGUAAACUGGGCACCGAGAUGAAUCCGCUCAAGAAGUGUGUGGUUUGGUGA